GAGAGAGAGAGAGAGAGAGAGAGAGAGAGAGGACUAAGGAGAUGUUAGAAGGCAAAGCUGUGAUCAAAGAAACAGACAUGCCAGAGAAGAUGCAAAACCAAGCCAUGGCUUCUGCUUCUCAAGCACUUGAUCUUUACGAUGUUUCUGACUGCAUCUCAAUUGCUGCCCACAUCAAGAAGGAAUUUGACAAGAAAUAUGGAGCAGGAUGGCAAUGUGUGGUGGGUUCAAAAUUUGGGUGCUUCUUCACUCAUACAAAAGGGACUUUCGUUUAUUUUGCUCUGGGAACCCUCAAUUUUCUCAUCUUCAGGGCAGCAUCUUAAUAUUAUGAAGAUAAUAAGAGUCUGAGAGGAGGCCAAAGGGCAGCCAGCCAUACCAAAAACUGCCAAGAGUUCUGUUCAAAAUGGUAGACUAGUAGUUAAAAUGGCCUUAUCUUGUUUUUCUGAAUCGAUAGAGGCACAAUACUCCAAAAUUGCCUGUUUGCAGUUCAUCAGAAUUAGGAUAAGGGAUUUAUUGUUUUCAAUACUAUUGGAAUUAGAAUAAUGUAAUUAUUGUUGUUAAGAAAUCCGUUGCUCUUUGUUAUAUGGUGUUUGUCUCUUUCAAUCGGCAAGCUGCUUCUCAUAGACCUGGAAGUCGGCAACUCCAGCCCAAGAAAUGAUGAAUAAAUAUGUAUGAUUGAGUAGCUGUCAUUACCCGAAAGGGAUUGAGUCAGUCAAGCACGGACAAUGGUUCCUUGCUGCCAUGCCCUUCUGAAAUUUAAGCUUGACAUAUGGAGGUUCAAUGGUUGAUUGAGUAAAUAUUGCGUCUGA